AUGAGCAAGUGCGAGCAUUUCCGAGCAUUGCUGAAUGAGACGGAUGAAGAGACCAUAGAGAUUCAUCAGUUUUCUUAUCUGGUAUAUCGUGCAUUCCUGGAGUACCUGUAUACUGAUACCAUCAACCUCCCACCUGAGGAUGCCAUUGGUCUGCUCGAUUUGGCCACGUACUACCGUGAGAGCCGUCUGAAAAGACUGUGUCAGGAGACAAUCAAGAGAGGCAUCUCAGAGGAGAACGCUAUAACACUGCUCUCAGCUGCUGUCAAGUAUGAAGCUCGGGAUCUGGAAGAGUUCUGUUUCAAGUUUUGCGUUAACCACCUGACGGCUGUCACUCAAACGCAGGCCUUCGCCGACAUGGACCACGAUCUGCUGAAGAACUUCAUCAGCAAAGCCAGCCGCUACGGAGCAUUCAAGAACUAACAGAAAUAUAUCGGCUAAGGAGGAAUUUUGCUUUGGCUCUGCUACAUCUAGAGAAGUUAUCUCUAAUAGCUCCGAUUUGGAAAGAGAGGAGACAAACUUAUGUGGUUUGACUGUAAAGAAGUGGUAAAAGCCACAGCACUGGUUGUCUUCUGGAUCCCAGUGCCUUUAAAUUACAUCCCCAUCUGAAGCCCUAUGUAAAUGGAAGAAUUAAAGAUUGGAUUCAAAGGGACCAGACCAGUCUCAAAAGAUUGUAUUGAAAUAGAGUAGCUAAACGAAAAGUGCUUCAUGAGCAAGGGGUUCAUCUGUGCGUAAGCAAAAGGGAAGAUCAUCUCAUGUAGGAGAUGGUUGAUGGGAGAAAGAGUUGCUUUCUGUCACUGAAUUGUUGUUUUGGAUCAAGAUCACAAUAAUUUGUAAUAUAUUUCCAGUCAUUAAAUAUAUAAUGGAUUGGAAAGUUACAGUCAGCCAAACAAGUUUUCCAUCUCAAAUCCAUCUAUCAUUAUCAUGAUGGCCUUUAUAAAGCAGGCCAACAGUCGUACCUUCUGAGGGAGGUCACCUGUGUCAUAGGAUAUCAUGUUUUUUUCUUCCUGACAUUAGAAGAAACUUAACACAAUAAUAUGUCAUUAGAGUAGUAAAGCAUUAUUUUUAAAUGUAGCAUUAAGUGGCUCCAAUUUAAUUUACUGAUCCAACUAAUGUAACAUGUUUUUGUUUAGUUUUUUUUUUACUGACAGUAAUGUUACUUUUGAUAUGUUUGCACUGUUUCUGUGUAAUUAUUCUGGAUAUGUCAGAAGGGUCAACAUCUGUGAUUUUCUCAAGUCAUCUUGAGCUCUAACACAAGUGUCAGGGUGAAAUCUCUCAAAAACUGUGAAGAACUGUUCAGGCCAUAUUUCAGCCCCUCCAAAAAAGGAAAUUAUAUUUUGCUUAAGAAAAGCCUGAUUGUUGGAUGUUUAAACUUUUAUAUCUAUAUAACACAUCAAAGUAUAAAUUUUAUUUUAGCAAGGUGUUAUUAAUGUUUUUUUGUUUUGUUUUUUGGACUGAAGUAUGAGCCAGAUAUUUCUUCAUGACUUUUACAGGUUGUGCAGUUGGGAAAUAGUGCUGUAUGGUGGUGUUGCCCAUAUUACCCAUAAACUAACCAUGUGCCCAUAUUAUGUCAUUCAUUAAUUUUCAACCAACCAAACUAGUCUUGAAAAAGCACUUGAAACAGCAAUCAUAAAAACGUAUAUAAUUCAAGUGUUUACAGUAGGUUUAGAGGUGUUAAACAAACACAUCCUGACACAAUCAGAGAGAGCUUUCACUCUCUCUCACACAUCACAAUGUCUUCUUGAUUCUUGAUGGUCAGUUGUUACAGUCUGUUUAUACUUGUUUAUACAGUCAGGGGUUUCUGUUGGGUUGUAGAUAUUUCUACAUGAUUUCAUUCUUUUGUAACUCCAUAAAUGAGGGUCAGGACUGCGAAACCCUGCCCGAUUGCCAAGUUAGGGUUGUUAAUUAUUCCCCAGUGGUCAUGUAAUUAAUGGGGACAUAAAUAAUUUGACACUUGAAUAAUCUGUUUUAAGAUGAUACCAAACUUACUGUUUUCAUUUAAGCAAGUGUCAUACGGGACUUUUAAUAUUAAAAUAAAUAUCCUAUAUUAUAA